AUGGCUCCGCAAGACGUCAGCGGCCACGCCGACCUCCUCGACAAUGGCAGCCAAGUCGGCGAGGGCGAAGGCGAUCGAGCAGAGACAAAGGCUCAGGAUGAUGCGGCCUUGUUGGUUUUGCACCGAACGUACACUUUGUUUGAGAACUUUGCGACCACAUUUGCUGCGCUGUACUUUGUCGGUGGUGUACGCGUCACCUUUAGCACGGGUAUUGCGGCCGGUGGUAACCUGGCCUACUGGACCAGUUACUUGGUGACUAUGGUGUUCACCUUUAUCACUGCGGCGGUCAUUGCGGAGGUCUGCUCGGCCUCCCCGUCGGCGGGUUCCAUCUACCUGUGGGCCGCCGAGGCUGGUGGGCCUCGAUUUGGUCGACUAUUAGGUUUCAUCGUCGCUUGGUGGAGCACAACUGCUUGGACGACCUUCUGUGCCAGCAACACCCAGGCUGCUGCGAAUUACAUGCUUUCGGAAAUCACGGUCUUCAAGCUCGAUUUCCCGUCUGACACCGACGAUGUCAAGUUCCGCGCCGUGCAGUGGAUCUGCACUGAGGUUUUGCUUGCGCUGGCGGCCUUGCUGAACUUCAUGCCUCCUCGAUACUUCAAGUAUGUCUUCUGGUUUUCUGCGGCGGUUGUCAUGCUCGACUUCUUCCUGAACCUGAUUUGGUUGCCCAUUGGUGUCGCACAGACAUGGGGGUUCCGUACCACCCAUGAGGCUUUCAUGACCACCUACAAUGGAACCGGAGCCCCAGAUGGCUGGAACUGGUGUCUCUCGUACUUGGCUACUGCCGGUAUCCUCAUUGGUUUCGAUGCCUCGGGUCACGUUGCGGAAGAAACCAAGAAUGCUUCGGUCACUGCUGCCCGUGGUAUCUUCUGGAGUACCGUUGCCAGUGGAUUCGGCGGUCUUGCUACCAUCAUUCUCUUCUUGUUCUGCGCGCCUGAUACAGAGACCCUGAUGAGCUUCGGCUCCCCUCAGCCCUUCGUGCCUCUUUAUGCUGCCGUUCUCGGCGAGGGAGGUCACAUCUUCAUGAACUUCAUUUGCAUUUUCGCCCUGUGGCUUGUAAGCUGUCCGAUCAUCUCUGAUUUCCCACGUACUGACCACGACCAGAACACCGCCAUCGCGAUUAUCGCCGCCUCGCGUCUCGUCUUCGCCGUCGCGCGUGACGGUGUGCUCCCCUUCUCCGGCUGGGUCUCCCGCGUCAACAACGGCCAGCCUCGCAACGCCGUCAUCGUCGUCUGGGGUGUCGCUUCCCUGGUGACCUGCACCAUCCUCCCCUCCAACGUCGCCUUCACCUCCCUAGUCUCAGCCGCUGGUGUGCCCAGUGCCGCCGCCUACGGUCUGAUCUGCCUUGGUCGUCUGUUCUGCACCCCGAGUCGCUUCCCCAAGCCGCAGUGGAGUCUUGGUCGGUGGAGCAAGCCGUUCCAGCUCAUUGGAGUCUUCUGGAAUGGCUGGGUGGUUGCCAUUCUGUUCUCGCCCUAUGCUUGGCCUGUCACUGGCGAGAAUUUGAACUACGCCCCUAUCAUUAUGGCUGGAGUUACUAUCCUGGCUUUGAUUUCGUACUUCAUGAUGCCGGAGAGUGCUUGGCUUCCUCGCGACCGUAUCAGCCACUUCAUUGAUAGCAAGGGAGCUGUUGAGACGGUGGAGGAAGUUAACUCGGAGCACGGGGGCCCUGCUCACCAAUGA